UGCCUUCGUGUUUGCUGAAAACUUCUCACAGCCUCAAUCACUGAAACUUCCCAAGCGCCGCCGCAUAGCCCCCAUGGUCGCGCCGUUAGGCCCGGGCAAAUUCUACGGCAGCAGCCUCCCCAGGCCCCGCCUCUACGACGACGUCAAGCUCAACGACGAGCGCGUUGACCCUCCGCUGCCGGUCUUGGAUCCCUUUCUUUCCUGGGCCAACCAAGCCCACUGGUCCAUGGGCGGUCUCAGCUUCACGCGCCACCGCCUCCAAGGCCGCAUCGAGGGUAACAUCAAGAAGCUCCGCGCCCAGCGCGAUGAGAUCACCAAGAGUAGAACGCCUACCGCCGAGGAUUCUGUCCCGCGCAAGAAGGCCGCGUCCGAUCUGACUCCAUCGGCCCCAGUGGCGGUGAAGAAGCGCCGGUUUAUGGCUCUGAUCGAUGACGACGACGAUGAGGUGGAAGACGGAGACGCAACGGCAGGUGGCGGUGGAAGCCGGGUUGGCGUGCGGCAGGGCGUGGCGAGGAAGCUUGAAGAACAUUUCGAUCAGGUGGCUACGGAAAGACAAGCAAAGAAAGGCAAGGAGAAUCCCUUGAAGAAAGAUGGGUCCGAGUCGGUGGCUUCGAGGACACGUAGCCGGGGAUCUGUGAAGGAAGAAGAGAGUCUCAGUGCUCCUGUUUUGGAGGCAGAGUCGGUAAAGGAGGUGAGAAGAUCGACACCUAAGAGCAAGAAAUUGAAGAGUAAGAAGAAAAGUGAGAGUCCUUCUGGUGGAGUAAUUAGGGUUUCUCCGCGGUCGUCGAAACGCAGGCUUCUUUGAUAAUGACUGUUGUUUCCUGCAACCUCUGAACUGUUUUUGUCUUGAUGGAGCUUAUUUGCUGAAAAACAGUAGGGUGGUGAUUGUAAUUUUCAUUUUUCCCUUUUUUUUUCUUCAUUUAUGUUCUGCUAGUAUCAGUACAGUUUCAGUCUUGGGUAGUAUGUUGCUUUCAGCUGACCAAAUUUCCAUGUUUAUUUAGGUAACAAGAUCUGUUCAUGUGGAUGUAAGAUUUCAUUUUCAAUUAUGUUGGAUGAGAAAUUCAGGUUGAUUCGAUUUGCUGA